AUCCAUGUCGCUGGGGACAACGAGCUGAUCCUGCGAGUACUUAAAACUCGAGCGCCACCAAAAGCAAGACGACUACAAAUGUGGUUUCUUAAGUGCAGACGUACCGCGGACAGAGUGCGAGUCGCGUCAUGGACACUCUUGAGCAAGUCGGGGAACGCUGCAGCGCGCACCCUGGCC